UUAUUGACGACAAAUUCACGCCCCGCUGGCAUUAGGAGGAGGAGCAGAUUGCAGUUUACAUAUUUGAAACAGUUGAAGCCGCUAACGUAAAAAUAGGAAAUCCUACGUAACAACACAGAAGUGGAAGAUGUCUGCGUGCAUUUCUUUAACUCGCAGCGCUGUUGCUUUCCGCAACAGUAGGACGUUGGUGCUGGUACGAUAUGCCCAGACAGCAGCUGCCCCUGCCCCUGAGCCAAAAAUAAAGAAAUUUCAGAUUUACAGAUGGGACCCCGACACACCUGGUGACAAGCCCCGCAUGCAAACCUAUGAGAUUGAUUUGAACACAUGUGGUCCAAUGGUUCUUGAUGCUCUCAUCAAAAUUAAAAAUGAAAUGGACCCGACGCUCACCUUCAGACGCUCCUGUAGAGAGGGUAUCUGUGGCUCAUGUGCUAUGAACAUCAACGGAGGCAACACUUUAGCCUGCUUAAACAAAAUAGAUACAAAUACCAGCAAAGUGACGAAGAUUUACCCCCUGCCUCACAUGUAUGUGGUGAAAGAUCUUGUCCCUGAUAUGAGCAACUUUUAUGCACAGUACAAGUCCAUCGAGCCCUAUUUGAAAAAGAAGGAUGAAUCAAAGCAGGGAAAAGAGCAGUAUCUCCAGUCAAUCGAGGACCGUCAGAAGCUGGAUGGCCUGUAUGAAUGCAUUCUGUGUGCAUGCUGCAGCACUAGUUGUCCUAGUUACUGGUGGAAUGGAGACAAGUACCUUGGUCCAGCUGUGCUCAUGCAGGCGUAUAGGUGGAUGAUUGACUCUCGUGAUGACUUUACAGAAGAGCGUCUGUCCAAAUUACAGGACCCUUUCUCCCUCUACCGCUGUCACACAAUAAUGAAUUGUACAAAGACAUGUCCCAAGGGACUCAAUCCUGGAAAAGCCAUAGCAGAAAUUAAGAAAAUGAUGGCCACUUACAAAGAAAAGAGAUCGUCUGCCAUCUGACUUGUUAAUGCAGGAAAUCUCAUGUACUUAAUGGUUUAAAUUAUUGUGUUAAUGUGUGAAUUAAGCAUGGAGUGAUCACAAAUAUGGGAUAUUUAGUUUUUACUUUAUUUGAUGGUUGAAAUCUAUAUUUACUGCUAAUUACUGCUAAUGACCUGCAUUUCAUUUCCAUUUAAUCUUGAUUGUAGUUAUAGUGUACAUGAAUAUAUCUAAAUGCAGGAACCUGUAAAAAUGGCAUACUAUUUAACAUAUAAUAGUGUAGUAUUUGUCUUGUGUGUGGUAGAUUCUUACUGUACACGUAAUGUACUAUGCUUGCUAUAAAAACAUAUACAAAUAUC